AGUAGUUUCGUCAGACGCGAAUCUUCUCCUUGUUCAUCAACGACGAUGAUUUGCAAUAUGUGCGAGAACGACACCUUUGAAGAGGAAGACGAUGGGUAUUCUUACUGCCGACAGUGCUUUAGUCAGGUGGAAGGUAUUUUCAAGACAGGCGACGACUGCGAAGAUUAUAAAAAAGAACACAGUCGCCAUGGUAAACUACCAAAACCAGAGCCAAUCAACUCGAGCUACGAGGAUUAUUACAUGGAGACCAGAGAUAGAUACGUUAAAGGUUUACUGAUGAUGAUAACUUAUCAGUGCGAGGCGUUGGUGGAGAAAUUCAGUGUGACGCCAUUGAUUAUUGGUUUGGUCGGACCCAUCUGCUUACGGUUUGUGUCUCUCUCAGAGGUCUUCGAUGAUGAUUGGGCUGACAACGCGAUUCGUGACUCCGAGCUCCAAUCAAAAGGAGAAGUAAGAGAGUCAAAGGUUAAGCGGCGUAAAGCCGAAGAACCUCACAACUUACAUGGUAAAAGAGCAGUAACGAUUUGGUUAAGUCUGCUUAAAAAGUCUCUGCCUUUAUCGUCUUCCCUGGCCAUAUCUUUCCUUGCUUGUCACAAAGCAGGAUCACCCAUUCUACCCACGGAUAUAGUGAGAUGGGCACAACAAGGAAAGAUCCCGUAUCUUUCUUCUUUUUUCAAGAUUCGAGAGCAAAUGGGAGAGACAUCAGCUACGUGUCCUGUGUCUGCAAGCGUAAUGUUUAGGCCUAUUCAGAUUGUUUCUGCUCAGAGAUUAGAAGCUCAAGCCGCUUCUAUUGCCGAUAUCAUCGGUUUGCCUUUGCCUCCUGUGAAUUUCUAUGGUAUUGCUUCAAACUAUCUAGAGCGGUUGUCUAUUCCCGCCAAGGAAAAGGCUCUUCAUCUGGUUUGUCUCUUACAGAACUGGUCAAUGCCUUCGGAUUUGUAUCUAUCCAAGAACGAGCUCAGGUUUCCCACUCGUGUCUGUGUCAUGUCUAUUAUUAUCGUAGCUAUUCGGAUGCUAUAUAACAUCAAUGGUUUUGGUGUAUGGGAACGGAGCUUGGGUUUGCUUGAUGCUACUGAGGCGGAUACAGAGUUAUCACAUGUCACGGAAGCAACUGAUUUUGACACUGAGGAGCUUUUGAAAAACCUUGAAACGGAAUAUUACAAGGUCGCUGCUGAAACCGUUGAAUAUGAAAAGGAUCUUAUGUCAUAUUUAUUGCACGGAAAAAACGAGAUCUUUGCUGGCUUAGUAGAAGCAUCAGCUGAUGACACAUACAGAACUGUUGAUAAUCUUUGGAAUAGAUACCCGAAAGACGACAAGGAAUAUGAAUUGUUUGGGAUUCCAUCCAAGAGGGGAAGAGACUGGGAAGUAGAUGAUUUAUCACUUAACCAACUGUCCUUGAACGAUGACAAGUUGAGGGAUAGAAACAACUGUUGUAGCAGUCGUUCAAGAAAAAGCGAAACCGGGGCAACGGAUUGUGAUGAGCCAUCACCAGAUAAUCAUAAUCACGAAAGGAAAUCCAAAGAGAAAGCGAUAAUAAGACUAAUAAGGGACAUGGGGGACAAUUUGUUCCAAUACAUGCUGCCUCGCAUGAAGGUAAAGAGACUAGACUAUCUUCAAUAUGUGAGGAAAAAAGAUGAUGGAGCAUUGAUAUUCGCGGUUCACGCAGAUUACUACAUUCUUUUACGGGUUUGCGCUAUGGUCGCAGAGAUUGAUGCAAGGAAUAUGCAUAGAAGUGUGUUGAGCUUUGAGAAAAGAUUGGCUUGGAUGGAGAAAAAGUUAGAUCAUGCUUUGCAUCUAAAGCCACUUUCUAUUCCUAGUAGAGAUACAAAGACACAUUUGGAUGAGCCGAGCUUAGAGAUAAAGUCUUUUCCAGAGUUUAAUGUUGUCAACUAUUGGAAGGAUAACAACAUCGAUCUGGCGAGUAGUUUAGUAGUAGAGGGUUCAAGAACGUGAGGAUUUUCAAAAAUUUCUGAUUUGAAUCGUCUUAAAGUAUAUUUUAUAUAUCAAACUCCCUUGUUA